GCGGCUGCAGAUGGCAUCCGGCUGCGGGCUCGGGGCUCGCAAUUGAUUCUCGCCCUUGCCCACCUCGGGUGCACAUACGCACCUCUCCCUUCUCCUCCUCCCCUCGCGCUCCUGGGUCUGCGCUCAGCUCGCGUUCGCCGGGCGGAGGAAGCAGUCGCGGCGGCCGAAGCUGAGCAGCAGCGCUCGCUCUCUCUGACCUAGGAAGAAGCGCCCACCGGGACAGCCGACCCUCGGCUGCCUCCAGCGCCCCCCACCUUUUGCACCCCAAGGAGGAGGCUCCGAGGACCCCCCUUUCCCAGCCGCUACCAUGCUGGACCCUUCGUCCAGCGAAGAGGAGUCUGAUGAGAUCCUGGAAGAGGAGAGCGGCAAGGAGGUGCUGGGCUCGGCCGCGUCCGGAGCGCGCCUGUCUCCCAGCCGCACCAGCGAGGGCUCGGCGGGCAGCGCCGGGAUGGGGGGCAGUGGCGCCGGGGCCGGGGUGGGCGCCGGCGGCGGUGGGGGUAGCGGCGCGAGCAGCGGCGGCGGGGCCGGGGGGCUGCAGCCCAGCAGCCGCGCCGGCGGCGGCCGGCCCUCCAGCCCCAGCCCGUCGGUGGUGAGCGAGAAGGAGAAGGAAGAGUUGGAGCGGCUGCAGAAGGAAGAGGAGGAAAGGAAGAAGAGGCUGCAGCUGUACGUGUUCGUGAUGCGCUGCAUCGCCUACCCCUUCAACGCCAAGCAGCCCACCGACAUGGCUCGGCGGCAGCAGAAGAUCAGCAAACAGCAGCUUCAGACUGUCAAGGACCGGUUCCAGGCUUUCCUCAAUGGGGAGACCCAAAUCGUGGCUGAUGAAGCCUUUAUGAAUGCUGUCCAGAGCUACUAUGAGGUGUUUCUCAAGAGUGACCGCGUGGCCCGCAUGGUACAGAGUGGGGGCUGCUCAGCCAAUGACUCUCGGGAGGUCUUCAAGAAACACAUCGAGAAGAGGGUGCGCAGCCUGCCUGAGAUUGACGGCCUCAGCAAGGAGACUGUGCUAAGCUCUUGGAUGGCCAAGUUUGAUGCCAUCUACCGUGGUGAGGAGGACCCGAGGAAGCAGCAAGCCCGGAUGACAGCCAGUGCAGCUUCUGAGUUGAUUCUGAGCAAGGAACAGCUCUAUGAGAUGUUUCAGAACAUUCUUGGAAUCAAGAAGUUUGAACAUCAACUCCUGUAUAAUGCCUGUCAGCUGGACAAUCCAGAUGAGCAGGCAGCCCAGAUCAGACGAGAGCUGGAUGGACGUCUCCAAAUGGCAGACCAAAUAGCCAGGGAACGCAAAUUUCCUAAGUUUGUAUCCAAAGAAAUGGAAAACAUGUACAUUGAGGAGCUGAAGUCCUCCGUCAACCUGCUCAUGGCUAACCUGGAGAGCAUGCCGGUGUCCAAGGGCGGGGAGUUCAAGCUGCAGAAACUGAAGCGCAGCCACAACGCCUCCAUCAUCGACAUGGGCGAGGAGAGUGAGAACCAGCUGUCCAAGUCCGACGUCCUGCUGUCCUUCUCCUUGGAGGUGGUGAUCAUGGAAGUCCAAGGCCUUAAGUCUUUGGCUCCAAAUCGAAUUGUGUACUGCACAAUGGAGGUGGAGGGUGGAGAGAAACUUCAGACUGAUCAAGCAGAGGCAUCUAAACCAACCUGGGGCACUCAAGGCGACUUCUCCACAACCCACGCGCUGCCAGCUGUUAAAGUAAAGCUAUUCACAGAGAGCACUGGUGUCCUGGCCUUGGAAGACAAGGAACUCGGGCGGGUUAUCCUCCAUCCCACCCCAAACAGCCCCAAACAAUCUGAGUGGCACAAAAUGACAGUCUCCAAAAACUGCCCCGAUCAAGACCUCAAAAUCAAACUUGCUGUCCGAAUGGAUAAGCCUCAAAACAUGAAGCACUCUGGGUACUUAUGGACCAUUGGUAAGAAUGUGUGGAAGAGGUGGAAGAAGAGGUUCUUUGUGUUGGUGCAGGUCAGCCAGUACACGUUUGCCAUGUGCAGCUAUCGAGAAAAGAAAGCAGAGCCUCAGGAACUUCUGCAGCUGGACGGCUACACCGUGGAUUACACUGACCCUCAGCCAGGUUUGGAGGGUGGCCGAGCCUUCUUCAAUGCAGUCAAAGAAGGAGACACGGUGAUAUUUGCAAGUGAUGAUGAACAAGAUCGAAUCCUGUGGGUCCAAGCUAUGUACAGGGCCACCGGGCAGUCGCACAAACCUGUGCCCCCUACCCAGGUGCAGAAACUCAACGCCAAGGGCGGAAACGUACCUCAGCUGGAUGCCCCCAUCUCGCAAUUCUACGCAGAUAGAGCUCAGAAGCACGGCAUGGAUGAAUUCAUCUCUUCCAACCCCUGUAACUUUGACCACGCUUCCCUCUUUGAGAUGGUGCAGCGACUGACUUUGGAUCACAGACUAAAUGAUUCCUAUUCUUGCCUGGGCUGGUUCAGUCCUGGCCAGGUGUUUGUGUUAGAUGAGUAUUGUGCCCGAAAUGGAGUCCGAGGAUGUCAUCGGCACCUCUGCUACCUUAGAGACUUGCUGGAACGAGCAGAAAACGGCGCCAUGAUUGACCCCACACUUCUUCACUACAGCUUUGCCUUCUGUGCAUCCCAUGUCCAUGGUAACAGGCCUGAUGGAAUCGGAACUGUGACUGUUGAAGAAAAAGAACGCUUUGAAGAAAUCAAAGAGAGGCUCCGAGUUCUGCUAGAAAAUCAAAUUACACAUUUCAGGUACUGCUUUCCGUUUGGUCGGCCGGAAGGUGCUUUGAAAGCCACUCUCUCACUCUUGGAACGGGUUUUGAUGAAAGAUAUUGUCACACCAGUACCACAAGAAGAGGUCAAAACUGUCAUCCGUAAAUGCCUAGAGCAGGCUGCUCUAGUCAACUACUCACGCCUAUCUGAGUAUGCCAAAAUUGAAGGGAAAAAGAGAGAAAUGUAUGAGCAUCCUGUCUUCUGCUUGGCCUCCCAAGUGAUGGAUUUAACCAUUCAAAAUGUAGGCCGCUUAAUCACUCCCGCCAAAAAGCUCGAAGACACAAUCCGUCUUGCUGAACUAGUCAUUGAAGUACUGCAACAAAACGAGGAGCAUCACGCCGAGGCCUUUGCGUGGUGGUCAGACUUAAUGGUGGAGCAUGCGGAGACGUUCCUGUCACUCUUUGCGGUGGACAUGGAUGCAGCAUUAGAGGUGCAACCCCCAGACUCGUGGGACAGUUUCCCACUCUUCCAGCUUCUGAAUGACUUUCUUCGUACAGACUAUAAUUUGUGCAAUGGAAAGUUUCACAAACACCUGCAGGACCUGUUCGCCCCACUUGUUGUUAGAUAUGUGGAUCUGAUGGAGUCCUCCAUUGCACAAUCUAUCCACAGGGGCUUUGAGCGGGAGUCAUGGGAGCCAGUCAAUAAUGGAUCAGGUACCUCAGAAGACUUGUUCUGGAAACUUGAUGCCCUGCAGACUUUCAUCCGUGACCUACACUGGCCUGAGGAAGAGUUUGGAAAGCACUUAGAGCAGCGGCUAAAACUGAUGGCCAGUGACAUGAUUGAGUCCUGCGUCAAAAGAACCAGGAUUGCAUUUGAAGUUAAGCUGCAAAAAACCAGUCGAUCAACAGAUUUUCGAGUCCCACAGUCAAUAUGCACCAUGUUUAAUGUUAUGGUUGAUGCCAAAGCUCAGUCAACAAAACUCUGCAGCAUGGAGAUGGGCCAAGAGCAUCAAUACCAUUCAAAAAUAGAUGAGCUAAUUGAAGAAACCGUUAAAGAAAUGAUCACGCUCUUGGUGGCAAAGUUUGUAACUAUAUUGGAAGGCGUACUGGCAAAGUUAUCCAGAUAUGACGAGGGGACUUUGUUUUCUUCUUUUCUGUCAUUUACGGUGAAAGCAGCUUCCAAGUAUGUGGACGUGCCUAAACCCGGGAUGGAUGUGGCCGACGCCUACGUGACUUUCGUCCGCCACUCUCAGGAUGUCCUGCGUGAUAAGGUCAAUGAGGAGAUGUAUAUAGAAAGGUUAUUUGAUCAAUGGUACAACAGUUCCAUGAACAUCAUCUGCACCUGGCUGACUGACCGGAUGGACCUACAGCUCCACAUUUACCAACUGAAAACACUAAUUAGGAUGGUAAAGAAAACCUAUAGAGAUUUCCGAUUGCAAGGGGUCCUGGAUUCCACCUUAAACAGCAAGACCUAUGAGACCAUCCGAAACCGUCUCACUGUGGAGGAGGCUACAGCAUCAGUGAGUGAGGGCGGAGGCUUACAAGGUAUCAGCAUGAAGGACAGCGACGAGGAAGAUGAAGAAGAUGAUUAGACCAUUCUCUGGGUCCAAGAGUCCACUGGGAUGGAGUCCUGUAAUCAAUGCAUGUCUUUAGUCUGUUAGUUAACCCCAUUAGAGAAUUUUCUGUCAACCAACAUGACCAUGAGAUGUUUACCAAUACAAUUACCAUUUUAGCUGCGUGGUACCAAGAUUAGCAAAUGGUUUCCUGAUUUCUGUGUCUAUAUGUUUACAAGCAAUAUGGAACACCAUUCUUAAACACUGUUCAUGGAGAGAAUACAUAGUUCAGCUACUAGGUGUGUCCCUUUUGUUAGCAGGACAAACGAUGCUUCAUCCUGUACUACAUAUACACUGAUGGAAACAGGCAUGGGAGCAAGUGUGUUUCCAUGUCUCUGCUUCAUGUAUGUGGGUACCGGGUAUUUAAAUUAGUACACAAAUAAAUUAAUUUAAGUACAUAGAUCUGCUUGGUUUUGGUUUCUGUUUUGUUCUUGAUUUAUGAGAAGGAGAAAAGGAGUGGUCCCAACAGCCAAUUUUUGCUUUUCUUAUCCCUGAAAACUGAAAGCAAUGGACCCCUUGUGUCCCAGCAAAUCCAGCCUUGCAUUUACCCAUGUAGGUUCACUCACCAAAACAGUUACAUAUCACUGGAUUAAUUAUGUUCAUUGUCAUGGCAAGGGGGCCAUGGGAUCAGGACGUAGCAUCAAGCAAGGUUCAGACCAACUGUCUUCAGUGCAAGUGUAUCCUAGUAAAUGUUACAUUUUGACUUUCUGUUUCAAUAACUGUAUAUGUAAAAAAAAAUAAACCUUAUUGAAAUGACAACCCUAGACUAUAAAUGUAUUUAUAAUAAGAUAUGGAUAAUUCCUCCAGUAGACUGUAACCAUAAUUUCAAUUAUUUUGUUCCACACUGUUUUUUAUAUCUGUCAUGUACAUUGCACUUUGAUCUGUAACUGAGCGACCCUGGGGUCUGCUAUAGAGCUGUUUCUUUCUGUGGAAAGUAGUGGGUCCAUCUUGCUUUUUGCCUUAUAUAAAAGCCUACAGUUGUAAAAGUGUGGGGAAC